UUUGUGGCCGGUGAAGUGCAGCAGUGCAUUGUGGGUACCUCUGUCAUGGCGGCCCCCGUGCGUGCAGGCGGAAUGACAUCUGUGCAUCAAUGCUGAGCGUCGUCUAUGUAUUUAAUGUUUUUAUGCACCGCUUUUCAGUGGCAAUGAUCUCAUACGUCGGAUGAUCGAAACAGCGAUGAUAACCGUCAGAGCGCUGCACCGGGCGGAGCGAGCCCUGCGCUCCCGUGUGGCGGGGGUCGGCCUGUCCCAAUGCCGGGCGCUGACCACACACUGCGCCGGCCUUCUCGCCCCGUCUCACCCGAACUGGACCUCCACCCCUCCACCACACAUCCGACUGCACACCCGUCUCCUGGCAACCAAGCGCGGUCCAGGAAAGCCCCAGGGACAAAAGGGCCAUGGAAAAACUACAACUCCCAAACAGAAGGAGCAGAAACAGGAAGUGGAGAUUAUGCGGUGCAUGACAGUGACUGAGCUUGCGCAAGCCAUGAAGAAAGAUGUGGACCACGUGUACCAGGUCCUGCUCAACACCUCCAUGGAGCAGGAGGCUGUGGAGCCGGGGUCACUCCUGACGGAGGAGGCGAUUAAGGAGGCGGUCAAGCGCUCGGGGAUGAAGUUCAAGUGGGCCCAGCAGAAGGAGACCAGAGUGAGGGAGAACAAGGAGGUGGAGAGACAACCCCCCCCUGACCCCGCGGUGCUGGUCCCACGCCCCCCUGUAGUGACCAUCAUGGGGCACGUGGACCAUGGCAAGACCACCCUGCUGGACAGCCUGAGGAAGACCCAGGUGGCCGCAAGCGAGGCGGGGGGCAUCACCCAGCACAUCGGGGCCUUCCUGGUGGAGCUGCCCUCGGGGGAGAAGAUCACGUUUCUGGAUACGCCGGGGCACGCUGCGUUCUCCGCCAUGCGGGCGAGAGGCGCCCACGUCACCGACAUCAUCGUCCUGGUGGUGGCUGCAGACGACGGGGUCAUGAAGCAGACUGUAGAGUCCAUACAGCAUGCCCAGAGAGCCAACGUGCCCGUCAUCGUGGCGGUGAAUAAGUGUGAUCGGCGGGAGGCGGAGCCUGAGCGGGUGAAACGGGAGCUGCUGGCGCAGGGCGUGGUCUGUGAGGAGCUGGGCGGGGACGUGCAGGCCGUGCAUGUGUCAGCGCUGAAGGGGGAGAAGCUGAUGGAGUUAGCGGAGGCCACGGUGGCGCUGGCGGAGCUGCUGGAGCUGAAGGGGGACCCCAGAGGGCUGGUGGAGGGGACCGUCAUCGAGAGCCACACCGACAAGGGCAAAGGGCCCGUUACCUCGGCGAUCGUGCAGCGUGGGACCCUGCAGAGGGGCUGUGUGCUGGUGGCGGGGACGGCCUGGGCCAAAGUGCGCUUCCUGUCCGACGAGAACGGCCAGCCCAUGCAGGAGGCGGGGCCCAGCACCGCCGUGGCCAUCGCCGGCUGGAAGGAGCUUCCCUCGGCCGGGGAGGAGAUCCUGGAGGUGGAGUCUGAGCAGAGGGCCCGGGAGGUGGUGGAGUGGCGGGCCUUUGUGAUGGAGCAGGAGAAGCAGGAGGCGGCGCUGCAGGAGAUCCAGGCCAAGCAGCGGGAGCACCUGGACAGCUACAGGAAGGAGAGGGAGGAGCUGGCGCACCUCACCUGGCGCCAGAAGAGGAAGCACAUCUACAAAAUGCAGAAAUACAGCGCAGCCAUCAGGCCCAGCGAGAGAGUGGAGAGUGGAGAGCUCAGCCUGCCACUCAUUAUCAAAGGUGACGUGGACGGUUCGUUGGAGGCCAUCAUGGACAUCCUGGAGACGUACGACGCGGACGAGCAGUGCCAGCUGGACGUGGUGCACUGCGGGGUCGGGGACGUGUCGGAGAGCGACCUGGGCCUCGCCGAGACCUUCUCUGGCACGGUGUAUGGCUUUAACGUGUCAGCGAGCCGGCCCAUCCUGCAGAGGGCGGCGAGGAGCGGCGUCUCCAUCAGACUCCACAGCGUCAUCUACAAGCUCGUUGACGAACUGAAGGACCAGCUCAACAGCCUGCUUCCGCCCACACUGGAGGAGAAUGUGCUUGGUCAGGCGUCGGUGCUCACCACGUUCCAGGUGAAGGAGGGGAAGAGGAAGGUGGACGUGGCCGGCUGCAGGGUUCUGAGCGGCCAGCUGAACCGCAAGAUGAAGUUCCGCCUCGUACGCGGCCGGGACGUCCUGUGGGAAGGCUCCCUGACGACGCUGAAGCACCACAAAGACGUGGUGCCCACGGUGACGACGGGGAUGGAGUGCGGGCUGUCGCUGGACCAGGAGGUGGAGUGUCGCCCCGGAGACGUGAUCGUCUGCUACGAGGAGGCGGAGAAAAAGCGCCAGAUCGCCUGGAACCCAGGGUUCUAGGACUGCGGCCGGCUCGACCCGACCCGACCCGACCCGAACGCUUCCCCACCCUCACUCUUUGGGGACACUCAGCGGAAUGUGUCCGUUUUGGGGAGGCGUGUCACAUGACCUGCAGCUGUGUGAUGAACUACAAAUAAAGUGGCUAAAUGCGGCGAGGGGUUUUCACUGAACCCCACUAUGUUCUAGAGACUCACAGCGACCAGUCCUUAGCCCUCAUUCUCACCCACUUCACCGUUUCAGUGGUGGUUUGAUCCACUCUGCUGUGUCGGACACAAGCGCUUUCUGACCAGGAUUUUAAAACACUGGCCGCUAAGUUAUAGCUGGAUGUUUCAACCUUUGCUCAAAGAGCUAGGACAAAGUCGAUCAACUUAUUUGAUAGAAACUCAAGUUGAUGCAAUGGAUUACACAACUCCACGCUUUUCUGUAUGUUUUUCAGGGCACAGACAUUGAUGCUUAUGUCCAGAUCUUGCUAAUUUUGCAGAUAUCAUAGUGCCAAAUCUGUGGUUCUGAACAAGUGAGAUUUCAAUGUUACAGAAGUAAAUUAGCGUUCCCCUGAAGAAACGAACUCCAGUUACUGAGAUCCUGCUACAGUGCUGAUGUGAGGAAGACCAGCAGGGUCUAGGCUCUUGCGACCAGAGCUUGUAAAUAAAGUGCAGUUCACCUGAACCCUGCAA